AUGAGCGAAGACAGGAAAUUCAGCGUCGUCUCACAGGGUGGGCACCGCAAGUCGGUGGCUGAAGAGCCCGUGACCUCUGUGCUCCCUGGUGGCGAGGUCCCAAUAUUUGAUCGAGAGUUGACUGCCGACGAAGAGGUUCUCGCGGCACUUGGUUACGUUCCAGAGUUCAAGCGUGAAUUCUCAUUAUGGACGUCGUUUUGUGUUUCCUUUGCCGUCCUCGGCUUGCUUCCGUCCUUCGCUUCCACUCUCUAUUACGGCAUGGGUUAUGCUGGAACGCCUGGCAUGGUCUGGGGUUGGUUGAUUGCCAUGGCUUUCAUCCAAUGCGUCGCCAUGGGCAUGGCUGAAUUGUGCUCGUCCAUGCCUACGUCGGGUGGUUUGUACUACGCCGCGGCCGUGCUCGCACCUCCAGGAUAUGGCCCCCUAGCUGCCUGGAUCACUGGUUGGUCGAAUUGGCUGGUUCAAGUCACAGGAGCCCCUUCCGUCGACUACGCAUUGGCUUCCAUGAUUCUUGCAGCUGGAUCCAUUACCAAUCCAGGCUUCGUCCCUCAGAACUAUCAAGUGUUCCUUCUGACCACCCUGAUCAUGAUUGUCCAUGCAUGUAUCUCAUCCAUGCCGACGCGUUGGAUCGCGACGUUCAAUUCGUACGGCAGCACCUUCAACAUCAUCGCAUUGGUCAUCACCAUCAUCACGAUCCCGGCCGCCACCAACCGUGAGUCACAGGGACUGCCUCGUUUCACCAAGAGCAGCACAGUUUGGGGCAACUUCUACGAGGGAACAGACUUCCCAAAUGGCGUGGCUCUGCUCAUGUCGUUCAUCGCCGUCAUCUGGACCAUGUCCGGAUAUGAUGCUCCUUUCCAUCUUUCAGAGGAAUGCAGCAACGCAAACAUUGCCAGUCCUCGGGCCAUCGUCCUGACCUCUGGCAUUGGUGGAAUCAUGGGUUGGUUCUUGCAGUUGGUCGUGGCUUAUACCGUGGUCAAUAUCGACGACGUCCUCGAUUCUGAUAUUGGCCAGCCUUGGGCAUCCUACCUUAUGCAAAUCCUACCUGAGAACACCGCUCUGGCUCUGCUUGCGAUGACCAUUAUCUGCGGUUUCUCCAUGGGCCAGGGUUGUAUGAUUGCGGCGUCCCGUGUCACUUUCGCUUACGCCCGUGAUAAUUGCUUCCCUUUCUCCGGUCUGUGGAAGCAGGUCAACCCAAUAACAAAGACCCCGGUCAAUGCCGUCUGGUUGAAUUGCGUUGUGGGAAUUCUUCUGACCCUGCUCCUCUUCGGGGGCGAGGCAUCCAUCGGGGCCAUUUUCAGCGUCGGCGCCAUUGCAGCGUUUGUGGCCUUCACCAUUCCCAUCACCAUUCGAACUUUCUUCGUCGGCAACCGUUUCCGUCGCGGACCAUGGCACCUUGGGAAAUUCUCGUUCCCUAUCGGUGUGGCAUCGACAUGCUUCACUUCGUUGAUGAUCCCCAUUCUCUGCCUGCCCAGCGUGACAGGUUCGGAUCUGAAUGCGUCGCUCAUGAACUGGACCUGUUUGGUGUGGGGAGGGCCGAUGCUGCUCGUCAUAAUCUGGUGGGUGGUGGAUGCCCACAAGUGGUUCACCGGACCCAAGGUGAACAUUCAACAUAUGAUGCUGGGAAGAGAGGAAAACGUUAUCGAUGGCAAGGAGGGCUCUGACUCGGGCAGCGGCAUUUCGCCAGCCGCGGCCUCGGAUGUGGACAAGGCCGUCCUUAACAAAGUGUGA